AAAAUCCACAUUAAACCGGGCUGUCCUCGUGCUAUGCGUGGCAAGAACUUGCACGUGCCUAGGUUUCGGUGCCUGGGUGCAGCUUUCUUGCUGAUGCUCGGAACUGGAAAGGUGCUUGUCCCAACAGUGCCAUUGAAAAAUGGUGCUGAGAUGCAACGGUUGGCCUUAGGGCUCUACAAUGUCCCACGUGAUCAGGUGAAGGCUGUGGUCGAUGCUGGCUUAGCUGCGGGUCUGCGCCACUUUGACAGUGCUUCCUUCUACAACAAUGAGGCCCGGUUGGUUCAAUGGAAGAUCCUAUUGGUACCGGCUGAGGUGGAGUGUGGCGAGGCAUUGAAAUCGUGGAUGGCCUCGGGUCACGAUCGAUCGGAGAUUUUUGUCACUACGAAGGUCUGGACCACCGACCUGGUCGACCCCGAGAGCGCUUGCAGAAGCGCCGAGAUCUCCAUUGAGGAGUUGGACAUUGGCCCUGUGGAUUUAGUGAUGGUCCACUGGCCAAUGCCUUCGAAGCACGUGGAGGCGUACGUGGCUUUGGAGAAGCUUGUUCGCAGCGGCAAAGCUAAAGGUUUGGGCAUCUCGAACUACUCUCCAGCGGACUACGAGGAGCUCAUGAAGGUAGCGACCAUUGAGCCGUUGGUGAACACCUUCGAGAACAACCCCUUGCUCUACCGCAAGGAGUGGUGCGACUACUUUCAAGAGAAAGGCCUCAUUGUCCAAGCUUACAAGCCGUUGCAGCGUGGAGGCCCUGUUCUGGAGUCUCCCGCGGUGAUGGACAUUGCGAAGAAAGCAGGGAAGACACCUGCACAGGUUUGCCUCCGGUGGAACCUGGACAAAGGGAAUGCAGUGGUCUUCAAGAGCCUUACUCCGGCUAGGAUCCAGGAGAACGUGGACGUCUUCGACUUUGGCUUGUCAGCAGAGGAGUUGGCCCAGUUGGAUGCUCUCACCACGCCUGAGGUCAUGGAGGAGGCCCAACGCCACUGGGAGAAGCGCCGCUGCGGGACUCCUGCUCCCUGGGGCGAGGGUAAGAGGCCCCGGCGCCAGGAGAUUUCUUCAUGAUGCUGGAUUCUCAAGUAUGCAAUCCAAAA